AUGCAAUGCGUAUGCGAUUCUAUGUCAUUUGUGGACAGGAAAACGCGAACGGCGAUACCAUAUGUAUUGGGCGAUUUAUUUCGAUCCCGCGCGAUAUCGGCCGCAUACCGCGUGCUAGGCGGCUUGGGUGCGGUUGUUGAACCGGGCGAGGGCUUUAGGGCCGAGACAUGCGGGCUGUGCUUUCCGUUACGGGCCGCGCUCGGUGUCACCCCGGUAUAUUUAGUGGUGACAGCGCGCCACAAGCGGAAGUGUCUCUCGUCGCCGUCUGCGCGCCUCGGCUGCACCGCACCUCCCUCGCGGCUUGGCAAGGCCCGCGGGGCGUAUCCGGCGGUGGGCGCGCGAAAACGUCCGCGCCGACACGUACCCGCGUCACCAUUGACGCAAAUCGACUUUUGGUCAUCGUUCGGCGUUCGCCGUUGCAAUGUUGGGUUCGACACUUCGUUGGGGCGGCUGUUUCCUCCGCACUUUGGACUUCGUUAUCGACACAACAUCGGCCCUCCUUCAUCCAUCGAUGGCGGGAGGACCCUGGUCCGUAUGCAAAUUAGCGCGCGCACGCAGGCCCUGAUGAACGAUGCACUGACACCGCAGAAGGCACGCGUUUAUGAAGAAAACACC